AUGGCGCGACGACCCAGAGGGGGCAAAGCCUCGCGACCCUCACGGGCCCAGGGCCCUACCCUGGCCCCGACACCCAUUUCACCAACACCCAUUCCGUCGACACAGACAACGCCACUGAGCUCGGCGCACCCGUCCAGAUACCCUACAGAGGACGAGUACGACCAGGACGAUGUGAGCCAGAUACCUAUGCACCAGCUCAGUCUCGAGGAUGGAACCUCGACCGACACGAAAGACGACGCCAAGGCCACCAAGAAGCCGGCCAAGCCGUUCCCUUUCCUCGCUCUUCCGUCCGAGUUGCGCGUCAGGGUCUACGAGUAUCAUUUUGCAGGGACGCACAACAAAGUAAUCGAUCUCGACCCCAGCAACUUCAAGCGUAUUUGGAAGAAUUUGCUCCUCCUACGCACGUGUCGUACCGUCUAUUCCGAGGCGUCUUACUUCUUUUUCAGCACCCAUACCUUCCGUGUGUUCCCCACGUUUCCGGGGCGUCAUUUCAAGACCAAACGGCCGCUGCUGGCCAGGCUCAAUGCCCGCCAGCGUUCUUUGAUUACCUCGCUCGAGCUGCGUCUCGGACCAGGCUGGAGUAAGCCACCCCGAGGCUGGGUGGUCAAUCCCUCACUAGGCCUGCGCGAUUGCGUCAAUGUACGCAAGCUGAAUGUGAUUGUGCAGCUGGACCCCAGCCUCAGUUUCCUUCAAGGCUACAGACAGGCUGAUGGCUUCUAUGAAUCAUUUUCGCGCGAUCUUCUCGUGGGUUUGCUUGCCGGUCUUCCCCAUGUCGACAGGGUUCAGUUUGACGCAUGGGAGAGCGUGCGCAAAGCGUCCCCCAUCAUGCAAGCACUGCUCAGCGCGGCGCUCGAGAGCCGGAAAACGCUCUGUUGGGGCCCAGAAAGAGGAUGGACCGAUCAUGACGAUGACAGCGAUGCCCCUACACUGCCAGCUGCGACUCUGUUGGAUGGAUUUAGUCCAGCACUCCUGGUUGCUGCUUGA